GCUGCCGACGCGGAGAUGGAGGACUUCGACGACGCAUGGGCCGACGGGCUCGUGCGAUUCCCCGAUGGUGGGGCGGUGGCGGCCGCUGCGGAGGCCCGCCCGCCUCCCUCGGACGGGGCCGCUGCCGCGGCGGAGGCGGCGGAUCCAGCUCGCGGAGCUGGAGGAGCUGCUGGUGCUACGGGGUGCGGCCUCGGGUGCGACGGCCAGGCCGACGGUGCCACGCGGCGGCGGCGCGGGCCCAGGCGCCAUCGGGCGAAGGCGGCGGCGGAGCUGGGUGUGGCGCUCGCGGUGGCGGCGCCUGUUGUAGGCGGAGCUGCGGCUUCGGUGGUCGGCCCUGAGGAUGCCUUCUUGGUGGCCGACGGCCUCCUUCGCCAGGCGGCUGACUACGAGCAUCGGCUCAGCGAGCAGCUUCGGCAGAUGCUGGAGUCCGUGAGCUGGAGGCCUGCCAGCGCCCUUUAGCUCGCGCUCGCGGGUGGCGCGCCUUGCGCCUGGUGGCUCCCUCCGCCUCUGCUCCUGAAGGGGUGGCUUCGGUGGACUGCCCUCUUUGGAGGGUGGCAUAGCCUGGAGGGUGCCCCGCGGGGGUGCCCCAGGUGAUGCCGCAGACCUCGGUAGAGCAAGCCGAGCAUUCGUCAGCCUCGGCCUCUGCGGCAGCGGCGGUGUCAAGGGGAGAGCAUUCGGUGGUCUGGCCCCGUUCGGGGCUGGCACGGCCAGGUGGGCGCCUCGCGCGGGCGCCCCUGGUGACGGCGCACACGCUGGAGCCACCCCAGGACCGAGCUCGUGCCGCGCGAGCCGAGGGCACAGCUAAACAAAAUGAGGCACGAGUCCUCGGUGAUUUAUGCGUGUUCCUGUAGGCAGCCCUUCU